AGGAGAGGAGAGGGAGGCCGGGCGAAACCAUUCAUCCGACCAAUACUGCCACUGAAAAACAUCCAAGAAUAAUGAGCAGUGAUACACAUAGACUGUGACUUUUAAAAAGAGGAUAAUGGGCUUGUAUCUGAAUUAGAUGGUAAGAUUACCAGUCCGGGUAAUUAAGGGUUGGAUUAGCCUCCUAGUCACAGGGUCGGCGGCGCUGAAUCCCCCCGACAUCCCCGCGAGUGAACAGCCGAGCAGCCAAUUAGGAUGCGGCGCUGAUUCUUGCGACGCGGCGAUGGAAACCUGCGAAGACGCGGAGAUGGAGACCACAACGAGGAUCCGAUUUGGUUUCAGGUCGGUUUAGUGUUUUUCUGUUGCCGCUUUAAAGAAAAUAUAUACUGGCCAUGAUUUUCCUGCGGAGGCUCGUGCAGCUGUUGCUGCUGCUGAUCCAGAGCGAGUGGUGGGGGGUCCUGCCGAGCCCCACCGACGAGGGAGCACUCCGGGCCGGCCACGGGGAGCACGGAGAGCCGGGGCACCAGGAGCCACACAAGGACUCCUACAGCACCUUCGCCUCCGAGUUCCUGGAGUCCAGAUAUCUGUCCGAUGACGGUUACCCGUUCCCCACCGCUCCACCAGUGGAUCCCUUUGCCAAGAUCAAAGUCAUCGACUGUGGAGUGACCAAAGGCUGCAUAAGGUAUGGGAAGCCAGGGUGUGAUGCAGAGACGUGUGACUACUUUCUGAGUUACCGUCGCAUUGGCACAGACGUGGAGUAUGAAAUGAGUUCGGACACAGACGGAUGGGUGGCUGUGGGGUUUUCCUCUGACAAGAAAAUGGGAGGAGACGAUGUCAUGGGCUGCGUCCAUGACGAUAACGGCCGCGUGCGGAUUCAUCACUUCUACAACGUUGGCCAGUGGGCCAAGGAGAUUAAGAGGAACCCAGCCCGAGAUGAAGAGGGCAUUUUUGAGAACAACCGGGUGACCUGCCGUUUCAAACGGCCGCUGUAUGUCCCCAGAGAGGAAACGCUCGUGGACCUACACUUAUCAUGGUAUUACCUGUUUGCAUGGGGUCCUGCCAUCCAAGGUUCCAUCACACGGCAUGACAUCGACAGUCCUCCAGUCAGCGACCACAUGAUCAGUAUCUAUAAGUACGAGGACAUCUUCAUGCCUUCCACAGCUUACCAGACCUUCAACUCUCCCCUCUGCUUACUGCUCAUCGUAGCUCUCACCUUCUACCUACUGAUGGGGACACCGUAAAUAAGCACAGCAGAGCUGAGAGAUGAGGAAAAGAAGAUGAAGAAGCAAUAAAAUAAAUACAUUUUUGUUUGAAUGCCACAUUCAAUUGUGCAAUUUGCACACAGUGUUAGACAUUUGAAACAUGAUAGAGACUAUAUAUCCAUUACUCUGAACUGAUCCAGAGGAUCCUGACACAUUAUUAAACCCAUAUUGUAGAGGUGUCAUGUACUGGUGUCAGUACAAGAGGUCUGAUAAAAGAGUAUUGUUGUAGUAUAACUAUUUUAAGUAUCUAUGAUAGCUUCCAAGUAUUAAAUAAUUAUGUGGAACACAAAUGCCAAUUAAUAAAUGUCACACGUCUUCGAAAAACCCUGCAUGCACUGGAAAAAUCUGGGAAUGAUUUCAAAAAUGUACUGUUCACUGGUGAUGGGAAGACAGUUUCUCAUGUUGAACUUGACCAAACCACAGGACAAAAGAAACCAAGCAGCCAGUUGCACACACUCUUCCUAUCCCUUCACUGUGCUUAAAGGCUUCUGAAUGAAUUUGCAUUUGCAUUUGCAUUUUUUAAUCCACUUUGAAUUUUUUUUAAUUUUUGUUUGGCUCAUCUUACUUUUCCAUAAUGUCUUUCAAUACGGUUCCCCACCUCUACCCACAGUGGCUGUUGGGUGAAUUUAUCACUACUGCUGGACUGUGACUGUGUUGAAUAAACAGAGAGAGGGAGACUGCUACAUGAGUUUUGCUCCUGUUGCCAAUGUGAGCAACAACACAACUCGAUCAACAGGAACAAAUUGAGGAAUUAAGAACAUUUCGCUUGAACAUGGACUAUUUGUUAUUGUAGCAUUUCACCCUUUAUAAAAAGAAAAUACUGGAUAUGUUAAAAUGCCUCCCACUGAAACAAUCUGCCAUAAUUGCUUAUUAUCAAUAAAUAUUUUCAUAAAAUUCAAUAUUAUAUAUUAAAGACAGACAGCUGAACAGUCGGUCUAACAGCAUAGAUAUGGGACAUAUUUUUAACAGGAUUAACCUAUUAUCCCCCCCCCAUGGAGCACACUUGUUACUAAGUUUUAACAAAUGUAUUAGCGCUUAAAAUUAGUAGCUCAAUGUGAUAUUAUCAUAUAAUGUUUGUUUUUGUAUUAAUAAAGAAUUCAUUUACAAA